AUGGUCGUCUUAAGCAAACUUUGCAUUGGUACUUUCCUCUCAUCAUUGCCAGUUUUGGGCAAAUGUCGUAUCAGAUCGGGCAUUUCCAGGCGCUAUGAUCACACAGUGUCCGGUCAUGUUCCUGUUGUGUCAUCCGCUGUUAUCGAGGCCAUGAUACCACGAGGAGGCCAUGCACACAUGUACGUCAAGCCGACGCUAGUUGACCUCUUUUUUGAAAUGAGUUUCUGUGGAGCCCGACGCUUUCCGGGAACAGAUGCGGAGACUGGCCGGAGGUACCUCCGCAGAACCUCCCGGAGAGCGGCUGGCAGAAGUCAGGCAGCAGUUGCCCUGGAUGGAAACUGGGGGCAGUGGCAAACAUGGAGCCAAUGCUCUGCUUCCUGUGGAGGGGGAGAGCAGACCCGAAUACGCCUCUGCAGCAACCCAGCCCCGUUAAAUCGAGGACGUCCUUGUGCUGGAGACUCCUCCCAGAUAGCCAGGUGUAACACCCAAGCGUGUCCUGGCGGGCCUUCGCGUGCCAAAGGCAGCAUCAUUGGAAAUAUUAAUGAUAUUGAAUUUGGAGUUGCUUUCCUGAAUGCCACAGUAACAGACAGCCCUGACUCUGAAGCCAGAGUAAUACAAGCAAAGAUUACAAACGUCCCUCGGAGCCUCGGUCCAGCGAUGAGAAAGCUCGUUUCUAUACUCAGCCCGGUUUAUUGGACAACUGCAAAAGAAAUUGGAGGAGCAGUGAAUGGGUUUACGCUCACUGAUGCGGUCUUCAAGAGAGAAACUCAAGUGGAGUUUGCAACUGGUGAGAUUCUGCGAAUGACCCAUAUUGCCCGGGGCUUGGAUUCAGAUGGAGCCUUGCUGCUGGAUGUUGUUGUGAGCGGCCACGUGCUGCAGCUCCAGGCAGUAGCUGAUGUUUGCGUGAAGGAUUACACAGAAGACUAUAUUCAAACCGGUCCUGGGCAACUGUAUGCCCAGUCCACUCGUCUCUUCACUCUGGAUGGAGUUAGUGUUCCCUAUACGUGGAACCACACCAUCACCUAUGAUUACACCAAAGGGAAAAUGCCCUUCUUGGUGGAAACACUCCAUGCUUCCUCCAUUACAACAGAGUACAACCCGCUGGAAGAAACUGUGGCUUUUCGAAUCCACGCUUCCAUUGCGAAAGGAGAUCGUAGCAAUCAGUGUCCUGCUGGGUUUGGUUUGGAUUCAGCUGGGCCUUACUGUUCAGAUGAAGAUGAAUGUGCCGUGCGAAAUCCGUGUUCCCAUACCUGCCAUAACGCCAUGGGAUCUUACUACUGCUCCUGUCCGAAGGGCCUCACCAUCUCUGCGGAUGGUAGAACGUGUCAGGAUAUUGAUGAGUGUGCAUUAGGUGGACACACCUGCCGUGCUGGCCAGGACUGUGAAAACAUCAUUGGCUCGUACCGCUGCGUCGUUAGGUGUGGGAAUGGCUUUAGGAGAACAGCUGAUGGAUUUAGCUGCCAAGAUGUUAACGAGUGUCAAGAGUCCAACUCCUGUCAUCAGCGUUGCUUCAAUACUAUAGGAAGUUUCCACUGUGGUUGUGAUCCAGGAUACCAGCUGAAGGGCAGAAAAUGCAUGGAUGUAAAUGAGUGCAGGCAGAAUGUAUGCAGGCCUGAUCAGCUUUGCAAAAACACCCGUGGUGGCUAUAAGUGCAUUGACCUGUGUCCCAGUGGAAUGACCAAAGCAGAGAACGGAACUUGUAUUGACAUUGACGAAUGCCGGGACGGAAUCCACCAGUGCCGCUAUAACCAGCUUUGUGAGAACACACGCGGAAGUUACCGCUGCGUGUGCCCACGAGGAUAUCGGUCGCAGGGAGUUGGAAGGCCUUGCGUGGACAUCGAUGAAUGUGAGACCAGAGACACCUGCCAGCAUGAGUGCAGGAACACCCUGGGAAGUUACCAGUGCGCUUGUCCCUCUGGGUAUCGCCUGACGCCCAAUGGCAAAACCUGUCAAGAUAUUGAUGAGUGCCUGGAACAGAACAUUAACUGUGGAUCAAAUCAGAUGUGUUUCAACAUGAGAGGAAGCUACCAGUGCAUAGACACACCUUGUCCACCAAACUACCAGCGAGAGCCUCUCUCUGGGUUCUGUCUCAAAAACUGUCCGGCCAACGACUUGGAGUGUGACCUGAGUACCUACGCCUUGGAAUACAAACUCCUUUCCCUCCCCUUCGGCAUAGCGGCCGGUCAGGAUUUAAUCCGGCUGGUUGCCUAUACUCACGAUCAAGUCGUGCACCCAAGGACAACUUUCUCGAUGGCAGAUGAGGACCCAGCAAUCCCAUUUGCCCUGCGAGACGAGAACUUGAAAGGAGUCGUGUUCACCACCCGGCCGCUGCGAGAGCCAAAGACUUACCGCAUGGGAGUCAGGGCCUUAUCCUACAGCGUCGAUGGAAACGUUGAGUAUCGGACAACGUUCAUUGUCUAUAUAGCUGUGUCAGCCUAUCCCUAUUAA